GUUGUUCCGCGGACGGGCGCAAACUGAACGCGAGUCCCUGACGGGCACUGAGGGCGGCGGCCUGGUAUUUGUAACCAGAACUCCGCAUUCUCCGCGUUCUCGCUGCUGCCGCCUCCCGGGACGAUGGUGGCCGGCCUACUGCUGCGCGCCUGGCCCCGGGGCCUUGCCUUUGGCCCGGGAGCCCCCAGUCGGCUCCUGAGCACAGGCUUCGACCCAGGCCAGUAUCUGCAGCUGAGCAUCGUGCCCACUAUGCACUACCAGGACAGUCUGCCCAGGCUGCCUGUUCCCAAACUUGAAGACACCAUUAGGAGAUACCUCAGUGCGCAGAAACCUCUCUUGGAUGAUGGCCAGUUCAGGAAAACGGAACAGUUGUGUAAGAGUUUUGAAAAUGGGAUUGGAAAAGAACUGCACAAGCAGCUGGUCGCUCAGGACAAGCAGAAUAAACAUACGAGCUACAUUUCAGGUCCCUGGUUUGAUAUGUACCUAACUGCCCGAGACCCCAUUGUCCUGAACUUUAAUCCAUUUAUGUCAUUCAACCCUGACCCAAAGUCCGAGUACAACGACCAGCUCACCCGGGCAACCAACUUGACUGUCUCUGCCGUCCGGUUUCUGAAGACACUUCGGGCUGACCUUUUGGAACCAGAAGUGUUCCACUUGAACCCUGCCAAAAGUGACACUGACACCUUCAAGAGACUCAUACGCUUUGUGCCUUCCUCUCUGUCCUGGUAUGGCGCCUACUUGGUCAAUGCAUAUCCCCUGGAUAUGUCCCAGUAUUUUCGGCUUUUCAAUUCCACUCGUUUGCCCAAACCCAGUCGAGAUGAACUCUUCACUGAUGACAAGGCCAGACACCUCCUGGUCCUAAGAAAAGGACAUUUCUAUGUCUUUGAUGUCCUGGAUCAAGAUGGGAACAUUGUGAGCGCCUCAGAAAUCCAGGCUCAUCUGAAGUACAUUCUCUCAGACAAUAGCCUGGCCCCCGAGUUUCCACUGUCAUAUCUGACCAGUGAGAACCGGGACAUCUGGGCAGAGCUCAGACAGAAGCUGGUGAGUGGUGGCAAUGAGGAGGCCCUGAGGAAAGUGGACUCUGCUGUAUUCUGCCUCUGCCUAGAUGACUUCCCCAUUAAGGACCUUGUCCACUUGUCCCACAACAUGCUGCACGGUGACGGCACAAACCGCUGGUUUGAUAAAUCCUUUAACCUCAUUAUAGCCAAGGAUGGCACUGCUGCUGUCCACUUUGAGCAUGCUUGGGGCGAUGGUGUUGCAGUGCUCAGGUUUUUUAAUGAAGUGUUUAAAGACAGCACUCAGGCCCCUGCUGUCACUCCACGGAGCCAGCCAGCUAACACUGACUCUUCUGUCGCUGUACAGAAACUCAACUUUAAGCUGAACGAUGCUUUAAAGACUGGCAUUAGUGCUGCUAAGGAAAAAUUUGAUGCCACCAUGAAAACCCUCACCAUUGACUACAUCCAGUUUCAGAGAGGAGGCAAAGAAUUCCUGAAGAAGCAGAAGCUGAGCCCUGACUCGGUGGCUCAGCUGGGCUUCCAGAUGGCCUUCGUGCAGCAGUACGGGCAGACAGUGGCCACCUAUGAGUCCUGUAGCACUGCAGCAUUCAAGCACGGCCGCACCGAGACCAUCCGCCCGGCCUCCGUCUUCACAAAGAGGUGCUCUGAGGCCUUUGUCAGGGAGCCCUCCAAGCACAGCGCUGGAGAGCUUCAGCAGAUGAUGGCCAAGUGCUCCACGUACCACAACCAGCUGACCAAAGAAGCAGCGAUGGGUGAGACAGGGUUUGGGGAGCAUGCCCUUAGGCCUUGUUGCCCUCAGCACUGGGAAACAGCCAGGAUAUUCUCCAAAGCGGUUGCACCAUUUUACAUUCCCACCAGCAGAGUGUGAAUGUUCCAGCUUCUCCACAUCCUCACCAACACUUGUUUUCAUCUAUUUGGAUUAUAGCCAUUCUGGUGAGUGUGAAGUGGUAUCUCAUUGUGGGUUUUAUUAGCUUAUGUUUUAAAUUAGACCACCUCGAACAUAUUUUCCAAAUCUAGUGACACCUAUCCAAUUAUCUUCAUGUGACAGAAUAACUGACAAAAAAGGAAUGGGAGCCAGGAUUGGAGGAGGUAGACAUGAGACAGUGGGGUAGGUGCUGGAAGGGAGAGAGUUUAGGGUGUUUCAGGAGACACAACUGGGGCUUGAUAAACAAAGAGAUGAAGGGAGCCUCCAGCAGAGAAUGGAGCCUGGGGGACUGCUUGAGCGGAAUUGGUUACAAGUAUAUCUUCUUUCUGGGAGUCUUCCAUUGUAAAGAAGACAGGGCCACUGAAUAAGCAGAAUCACAUUUGGUAUUUAUGAUAUUAAGUGGAAAACAGUUAAAUAUAAUCUUAAUGCUGCUAGGAUUAUAGCCAUAUAAAAACAUGUCUGUGUGUAGAUAGGCCCUGAAAGAGAACAGGGGAAAAUAAACACACUUCUGUUAGGGAGCUAGGAUGGUGGGGUUUAAGAAAAUGUUUAUUUCUUUUUCUUUUUUCCUUUAUUGAUAUCAUACUGUUUGUGCAAUACCAAGUUGUUAGGCAGGAACAAAAAACAAUUCACGUUAGCAGCCCCUCACUUCCUUACCAGCCCUCCUCAUGCCUCAUGCUUCAGCCACACUAAGCCUCGCAUUGGUCUCAGACAUGUCUGAGCUUUACUGUGACGCUGUACCUUGCAAAUGCCAUCCUCCAUCCUCAGAAUGCCCUUGGCUCCAGCACAUCCUCUGCCAAAUUAGUCCUUGUUCUUUUUAGCCCAGCUCAAAUGUCCCCUCCCAUGAAGCCACGCUCAUGGGGUCUCCCCGGAAGAAUGGGUCAUCCCUUCCUCCAUCCUCCGCUACUCCCAGCUUUGGCUUCUGUUUUGGCCAGCGAGGGGCCUGACACAUAAUGUGUUAUUGCUGGAGACUGCGUUGUUCCCUCCCGGCACCCGCACCUUUGCAAGCUGACUUUGUAGCGCCUCCUGUCAAGAAGCGGAGCCUAUUUCUCCCCUCCUAACUGGCCCUCAUCCUGCCUCUAGACUCCACUCAUUGCCUCCAGUCCAUUCUCCUCACUGUAGCCAGUGAUUUUUUUCAUGGACAAGUCUGAUCAUAUCCCUGCUUAAAAGUCCUCAGUGGUUUUCCAUUAACUUGGAAAACAGUCCAUACUCCUCAGUGUGACAGUUGUGGCCUUGGUGGAGCUGGCUCUGCUCAUCUUGUCAGCCCCACCUCUCUUAACAGCUUACCCUGAGGAAGUUGCCUCUGCUUGGAGCAUAAGCCCCUCUCCACCCUUUCAGCUAUCUUCUGCUCAACCUUCAGGUUUCAGAUAGACCGCACCUCCUCUCACCCCACCCCUCUGAGACUGAGUUAGUUGGUGCCCCUCCUGUGUAUGCCCAGAGCAUCUGGACAAUCUAACCUGUAUCGCAGUGCUUUUCAGUUUCUGCAACUGUCUCCAUUACUAGAUUGCUGUGCUGUACAAUACGUCCUUGUAGCUUAUUUUAUGCAUACUAGUUUGUACAUCUUAAUCCCCUACCCCUAUCUUGUCCC